ACCCUCUUUUCCUCUUGUAGCUGCGGUACCUUACACGAUGUCACGAUUAUUGCGCCCAGCAUCUCGAUUCGUGGCCGCUGCCACUGCUCGACCUGUAGCAGCUCGAAGUGCCUUCCAAUCGUUUCCCCGGGUUCCGGCCAUUGUCCAGAGCAGAGGAUAUGCGGAGACAAGCGGAGUGAAGGAAUAUACUGUUCGAGAUGCUUUGAACGAAGCUCUUGCGGAGGAACUAGAACUGAACGACAAGGUCUUCAUCCUCGGUGAGGAAGUUGCUCAGUACAAUGGCGCGUACAAGGUCACCAAGGGGUUACUCGAUCGAUUUGGAGAGAAGAGGGUCAUUGACAGUCCCAUCACUGAAUCUGGGUUCGCGGGUCUCACCGUCGGCGCGGCAUUGGCUGGUUUACAUCCUGUCUGCGAGUUCAUGACCUUCAACUUCGCCAUGCAAGCAAUUGAUCAAAUCAUCAACUCAGCAGCAAAGACCCACUACAUGUCCGGCGGUAUCCAGCCCUGCAACAUUACAUUCCGAGGCCCCAACGGUUUCGCAGCUGGUGUCGCAGCACAACACUCCCAAGACUUCUCAGCUUGGUACGGAAGUAUUCCAGGUCUCAAGGUCGUCACCCCAUGGAGCGCUGAAGACGCCAAGGGAUUAAUGAAGGCUGCCAUUCGAGACCCCAACCCGGUCUGUGUCCUUGAAAACGAAUUGCUUUACGGCCAAAGCUUCCCCAUGAGCGAAGCUGCUCAGCGAAACGACUUCGUUCUCCCCUUCGGCAAGGCCAAGAUUGAGCGUGCUGGAAAGGAUCUUACAAUUGUCACCCUCUCCCGCUGCGUCGGCCAAUCUCUUGUCGCUGCCGAGAACUUGAAGAAGAAGUACGGUGUUGAAGUUGAAGUUAUCAACUUGCGAUCCAUCAAGCCUCUCGAUGUCGAGUCGAUUGUCAAAUCAGUCAAGAAGACCCACCGCCUGCUAGCCGUCGAGUCUGGAUUCCCAGCGUUCGGUGUCGGCGCUGAGCUCCUGGCUCUUACUAUGGAAUAUGCUUUCGAUUACCUUGAUGCCCCAGCUCAGAGAAUCACUGGUGCGGAGGUUCCAACCCCAUACGCUGCGAAGCUGGAGGAGAUGGCUUUCCCCAACGAGGGACUGAUUGAGAACUACGUGGCGAAGAUGUUACGACUGUAGAUGCUUUAGAUGGAACCUGGAGAGGAGAAUAAUGGCCAGUAAUAUGUAUUUCUAAGGUGGUCUCAUGAUAAUCAAAAUGAUACCUAUUGACCACUCCCAGUUUCUGGUCACUUGGUAUUCCAAACUUCUAAUUCUUUCAAAUCCUCAAAUCAAGUAGAUCUAGACCCGCAGCCACACUCAAGAAAACUUGUGUGUACUGCUCAAUGAAUUAAUUUAUUAACC